UAUACAUUCAUCUUAUAUAUAAUUUCAUCAGGUCGAAAUUCAGCCCACGAUCGAGUAAGAUUUAAGCGUAAUCGCUGAUGAAGCUAAAUUACGCAAUAAUUAACGGUAUUUACAUAAAACACGCGCGCGCGCGCUAAGUCAUCGUAGCGCUCGAACGCGACGCAGCCGGAGGACGAUGCAAAAAAUCCUGCCGCGAAUUUUAGUAAUUAUUUCAACGGGAUUACAAAUAUCCGCCCGGUAGUUCGCUACUGUGUGUAAAAGUUUCUAUGUCCGGACAAUUUCAUGUCCGCUCGCAGUCUUUACUUUUUGUAAUGUACACACGCGUCCGCGCGCGCGUGCAAGAACGCGAGAAUGUUUAUCCGCUUAAUAACAGCUGUGUAAACAGCGAAAGUUUAAAAAUUAGUGUCCACAUAAUUACGUGGGUCAAUUAGAUAUUCGCGAGCUACGGAAUACGAAAAUUAACGCGAUAUUAAAGCGGAGUCGUCUCGGAAUUAAGAGCGCGACCGCAACAUCCGUCCGCGUUACUUCCGCUUGAUAACGAACGCGUCAGCGCAGCCAUCGUCGCCCGCCAAUUACGUGCGAAUAGUUGUCCGCGAAGAACACCGCGAGAGAGGCUCUCCCCGGUCCAUCGUCGAGAGAGCGACGGAGAAGAUGCCACCGAUGCGAAUGGUUGCGGAGGCCGCGAUGAGGGAACGCGACCCUGACUAUGUCGCCCUCAUGUCCGCCCUCGAGAACGGCGAGCUCGAGCGGGCGGCCGAGAUCUUGGCGCGCGACAGUCAAAAUAAGUAUAUCCAGCCGAUAGGCGCGCUCCAGGUGACGGCCUUGCACGUGGCCGCGUGGCAAGGAAGGAUCGACCUGUUGGAUCAGCUUUACGCCAAGGGCGCCGAUGUCAACGCUGCGGACAAGAUCGGCAGGUGCGCACUUUAUUACGCAGCGCACUGCGGCUACGCCGACGUCACCCGCUGGAUCCUCCAGCACGGAGGUGACACCCAAGCCAAAGCUGACAUCAACUCGUGCAGCAAGGACCUCCACAAGUCUCCGCUCGUGAAAUCCUGCUUCGGCAAAGCUUUGCCGUUACCGGUGUGCUGGGGGAGAACACCGUUGCACCAGGCGGUGAAGAACAACCACGCCGAUGUAGUGCGCCUUCUGGUGGAAGCCGGCGCGGAUGUGAACGCCAAGGACGAGAACAUGGUCAGCCCGUUGCUGUUGGCGGGAAGCGCGGUGAAUCGCGACGACAGUCAGGAGAUGGCCAAGUUCGUCGAGAUCAUCAAGACCCUGGUGUCCGGGAAGGCGUUCGUCAACAUCAUUCAUCCGGACACGGGUACCACAGCUUUGCAUCACGCAGCGGGGAUAGGCAGCGCGGAGGCGACAAAGUUGCUGCUGACGAACGGCGCCUGGCCGAUGUUCAAGUGCAAAAGCUCCGGAAGCACACCCCUUCACAUCGCCGCGAGCGCGGGUAGCUUAGAAACGCUCAUCGCCCUACUCAGGGUGAUACAGCCCCAUCGCAUCGACACUUGCGAUCAGGUGAAUCAAACGGCUCUCCACCUAGCGUCCUAUCAGGGCCACAGCGACUGCGUGCGGAUGUUGAUCAAGUGUGGAGGCAACUUGGCCGCCAUGACGAAGACCGGAGUCACCGCUGUCGACGCGAUAUUCGCGCAUAUGCCGCGACCGUUGGACUUCUUAAAGGAUAUCUUGGAUUCUUGCGUACAGAUGAGCAGUAAUUGCUCCUCGGAGAAAUACAAUACCAUCACCGUCGACUUCGGCAUAUUGGCACCCAAGUACCAGAUACAAAUGGGGGUGAUCACCGCCAUCGUAGCCGCUACGUCGAGCGUCACGCAACUGGCGAUACUGCAGCACCCGCUCGUGGAGACGUUCCUGCGACUCAAAUGGGCGAAACUCCGGAUCUUCUUCUUCCUGCUCAUGCUCCUGCACAUCUUCUUCGUCAUCUCCCUGUCGUCCUACGCCCUGAUGCUGUUGCAGGACGUGAACUACGUGCUGCAUCGGGGUUUCCUCGGCAUCUGCGCGUGCAUCAUUCUCAUGCACAAUAUGAUUCAAGUGUUGCUGGAGCCCAGGCACUGUUUGAUGCAAUUCGAGACGUGGCUGUCAUUCGUGUGCGUUGCGCUGUCGUUGGCGAUUUCGUUAGCGGACAAGUGCGUGGAAUACAAGGACGACAAUCAAGGUCUGCGAGUGCAAGGGACGCAGACACCGACAGAGAUGGAAGGGACGCAGGCGGAAGGGGAGGAGCUUCUGCAGUGUCCGGAGUGGCUGCUGCACUGCAUGAGCAUCAACAUCUUGCUGAGUUGGAUACAGAUGAUGCUGGUGAUCGGCCGAUUCCCGAUGUUGGACUAUUACGCGCUCAUAUUCUCCGCGGUGCUGAAGAACAUGCUGAAGAUGUUCCUGGCGUUUGGCUGCCUGAUCGUUGGAUUCGCGGUAAGCUUCGCCGUUUUGUUCUACGAGAGAGGCGAGUUUAGCAAUUUAUGGAAGACCAUCGUGAGGACCAUUGUAAUGAUGAUGGGCGAAUACGAAUACGAGAACCUGCUGAAAGAGAAGCAUCUACGCAUCACUACCAGAAUCAUGUUCUUUGUGUUCGCGAUACUCGUCAGCAUCGUCCUGAUAAAUCUGAUCGGCCUCGCGGUCAACGACAUCCAGGGUAUCGAGAAGAAGAACCACAUACGUCGGCUGCUGAAGCAGGCGGAGUUCAUUGCGCAUUUGGAGCGAGUGAUGUCACACCGGAUCUUCCGCAGCAGCUGGCUGCGUCCUCGCCUGAACAUACACUUGAGCCGCGACAUUCCCGCCAAAAUAACGCUGAGCUACCGUGAGAAUUAUUCUCACCGCGCGAGUCACAUAGAGGUGCCCCGCGACAUAUCCUGCGAGCUGAAGGAGGCACUAUUUCUCAUAGCCACGAAGCCCUGCUUCAUGAGCGACAACUCGGCGGGAGAGACAGAAACGCGGAAGACGCGGAAGACGCCAACUGAGCCCGUUGCUGAGCAGUUUGGAGGAACAUCUACGGAAGCUGAGGCUGCAUCGGCGUCGUCAGCAGUCGGCGUUCCGGAAGCUGUCGGGACCACGUAGGAGCUAGAGAAAGUUCAAAUCGAGAAACGUUAUUGUUGAAAAUUAAUUCUAUCUGGUUCACGUUUUUCCGGAAAACUUGGUUCUUUUAAUUCUUCAAGUUAGAACAAUAAACUUUGUAAGAGGGAACAGUUUUUUUUUAAAACGAACAAGUAUAGUUAUGUAAAGAAAAAAUGGUAAAGAAAAUUAAUAAUUAGCUGAUAUCCAAGUCUUGAAAACAUCCGUCGAAGCGUAAAAAGAUCCUUAGUAUAAUCUUGUUUUCGUUGACGGAUUCAGCUUCAUAAGAGAAGUUUCUCAAAUCAAGCCUCAGUGUAAUUUCUUGAGGACUAGGGUGAACCUUUAGGGGAUGAAUUUGAUUCAGUCUUAGCCUGAGUCUAGUUUUUUAUUAAAAAAAAAAGAGAAAACUUUGGAAUCUGUAAAAUAGAAAUAAAUUAGUGGAAUUUUAUAUUUGAUGAAAUAAAUAUAGUUUUAAAGAGCAACUUUCUCCUCUCCUAUCGUAGGAGUUUGUGUAUGAGGAAUUCUCAAUUUUGUAAGAACAAGCCUUUUCCCUUCGUGGAAAAUUUCGAUAUGUUUAAAGAUGAAUAAAUAUCUUUUC